AGUACACGAUGAAGCAUUUAUGAAACUCACCAACUAUUUUACGAUGCGACCUAUCUAGCCCUGUCAGCUAAUUCCCAAUUAGGUACCAAUGACUUACUUCCACUUGGGUUUAUACUGCAGUAUUUACAAUUGAUUUGAAAAGGCCUUUGACCGACUCUUCUCAGAGUUACCAUCACGUUCCUGCAUCUUCAUUCAAAUGUCUUGAACGUCCAUCGAUUGUCACUUGUUUAAAUACAGCCCUUCCUUGGUGCGGCUGAAUCCUCUCCAGCCUUGCCACCUCCUUCUUAACUAUCUAUCUGCCCUACACAAUAACACACAUCAAUACCUUUUACCUCCAUCAGACAACCUCGUGGAAGAUUUAUCAACAUGUUCGUACCACAGUGGCCGAGUAGGAAGCGCGAAAGAGAUGAUGAGGAUGAACUAAGCACUUCAGGCUUUGGUGCUCACAGAAAUAAACGUCAUCUAGCGAACCUACCGCAUCGAUCUUUACCACAUGCCAAACGUCAGAUUGCACCCGCUUUUGCACUCAGUCAUUGCACGCCAGCACCUCCCACAAUCACUCCCGCAGACUCGGACUCGGAGAGAACUCCCAUCAUUGCAGAGCCGACGAAUUCUCACUAUUCAUGGACCUCAUCGUCGUUAACAACGGCCACACAACUGCAUGAUGACGAACAAAUGAAUAACAGUGGAACUUCAUUUUCAAGUCAAAUAUCAGAAGGGCCAACUUAUUCAGAUGAUUUCGAUAUGACCGAUGGUGGCAUGCAUCUAGCUCCUGGUCUGUUCCAGCAAGAUUCUUCUGUUAGCUUAGCCAACCGAAUUCCUACCCCAAUUCACAGCUCCUUCUCCGCCUAUCCCCGACUCGAUAAACCACUCCACCCUAUUCUCUCCGAACCAAAUCUCACCGAUGAUGCAUUUAUCGAUCGCUUUCGUCGCGGUCGACGCCUUCCCAGCCCCAUUAGCGAAGGCGAAAUGAGCCCUAGUGUCAUUGUCAAUGGCAUUAACGAUAUGCAAAUGGAAGUCGAACCCUCUUUUCCCUCUCCCGAAUUUGAGAAAGAAAUCCCGACUCCUCACAAGAAAGGCCAUACUCGUUCAAAACAUAGCUUGCGGAACUGGAAUGGAUCCACUGGGGAGCUCAUGGGAAAUUUAGACGGUGUGGGGACAAAGAAGAGCUUUAGUAUGGGGUAUAGGGCGGAUUGUGACAAGUGUCGGAAUAAAGUUCCGGGACACUUUAGUCACAUUAUUACGUAUUGAUUAAUGGGUUAUGCUAAUGCAGGUACGAACUUUGGGAUGGACUAGGUUAGGGAUGGAUGGAGAUAUGAAUUAGGCCAUGGAAAUAUCGAUACAUCUGGGUGAAUGGAGUGAGGCGAUUACACUAUGAUCAGCUGCCAGCUAUUCAGCAAGGCGUUUAGGAGCUGUAUCCAAGCAAUUUCCAAACAGAGGUAAUCAUUGCUAAUA